GUGUUGACAUAAUUCUUCAUUUCUAAAUAACAUAAUACAUUAAAUAACAUAUCGUGUGGAUCUGUAUCCGGCUUAGUUUUAGUGGAAACGAAAUACGAUCGAAAAUACACAAGAAAACCGUCAAAACCACAAGUCGAUGUCGGCGUGCGGCGGCGGCGGCGGCGGCGGCGUAGAUUCAGCGGUGGCAGCGGCGUUGCAUUUCUUCGCUGCCUCGCAGUGUCUGGUGCGGGAGGAGUGGUUACCGGACGCUACUGUCCACAACGGUUCCACAUGGGACUUCAUCGUGGUCGGCGGAGGGACGGCGGGCGCGGCGCUGGCCGCGCGGCUACCUGGCGUGGUGCUGCUGCUGGAGGCUGGAGGGGACCCACCGCAGGAGAGCAUAAUUCCAGGAUUCCGCCACCACCUCAAAGGCAGCGAAUACGACUGGAACUUCACGUCCGUGGACGACGCCGUGUCAAGCCAGGCGCUUAUCAAUGGCCAGCAGCUUCAACCUCGAGGCAAGAUGCUGGGCGGCAGCGGCUCCAUCAACGACAUGGUCUACGCCAGAGGCUUCCCUGCAGACUACGAGGAAUGGGCUUCCCUCGUCGGAGAACAAUGGAACUGGACCAACGUCCUAAAAUACUUCAAGAAGACUGAACAUCUAACUGACGAAAAUAUCAUUAACGAUCCUGAAUUAAUGAAGUAUCAUGGAAGGAAUGGAGAUAUAGAAGUCACCGGCUUAAAUGAGUCCAUGUAUACGACUAAAAAGUUCCUGGAAGCAUUUGAAGAGUUGGGUUUUCCAAUAGUAAAGGAUAUGACCUAUCCAGGUUUGAUAGGAGCUGGAAGAUUCUCGCACACCAUAAGAUACGGUCAGAGAGACAGUUCUUUAACCGCGAUGUUAAAUAAACAAUCAUGGAAUGAGAAAUUGAAAGUGGUCAAAAACGCGUUGGUGACCAAGAUUUUGAUUGAGAAUGAUAAAGCUUACGGAGUAGAAGCGCUUAUAAAUGGAGAUAAAUUCACCUUUUUGGUUGACAAAGAAGUUGUAGUGUCUGCAGGGACUUUUAAUACAGCCAAGCUAUUGAUGCUAUCUGGUUUAGGCCCGAAGGAGCAUUUGGAAGAGAUGGAAAUUGAGGUUAUAAAAGACUUGCCUGUGGGCGAUAACCUCCACGAUCACGUGAUGGUGCUGACGUACUUGGCAGCUGACAAUGGAACUUGUUUCUACAACGAAGCAGAGUCUCAAAUGGAAUUGAUAAGGUAUCUGUACGAUCGAACGGGCUCUUACUCGAGAACCGACAGCAUGGGCGCGUAUAUAACAAACGAAGACGGCACAGUACCGGAAUUUGCGAUCUACCCGUCUUGUAUAUCAGUAGGAGAGAACUUUUAUCAAAACUGCGUAAAUAUGCUCGGGUUUCAACACAAAGUUUGCACUCAACUCCAAUCAGAGCUGGAAAGCAGUGAGCUAUUAGGACUAGCUGUUGUUCUUUUGAAGCCGAAAUCUCGUGGUAAAGUGCGGUUAAAGUCCGCAGAUCCGUUGGAAGUUCCGUUGAUAUACUCCGGCACUUUUAGCGACAUUUCUGACUUGGAUGGAUUUCCUAGCGCAUUGCAGACAGCGUGGUCGAUAGCAAACACUUCUUAUUUUAGAUCAAUGAACGCUCGGGUUAUUGAGUUAGAUAUUGACUAUUGUAACAAUAUAGGAACAGAAGAUUUAAAGUGUAAAGCUCAAGCCAUGGCGACGUCAGCGUGGCAUGCUGUCGGGACCGCCGCGAUGGGGAGUGUGUUGGAUAGAAAACUGAAGGUUAGAGGGGUGCGAGGGUUGAGGGUGGCUGAUGCUAGUGUGAUGCCGAAGGUGGUUCGAGGGAAUACCAACGCUCCCGUUAUUAUGAUUGCGGAAAGGGCGGCUGACUUCAUCAAAGAGGAGUAUUUUGGAAUUUAAUUAAGGUUUUAAUACAAUUUACUUAUACGUUUUGACAUAACCUUAUUUCGUGUUUCACCAACACAUGGUCUUAAAAACUUUAAACGCUAAAACUUGUACUCAAUUUCAGUAUUAUGAUUUUUAUCGUAUUGUUAUGGGGUUGUGCACAAACCACGCGAGGUGUUUUUGGCUACUUUUUGACCCCUAUCCCUCCUCCGUGGUGAUAUUUGGUAAGGUUUUCGGCUACCCCCCCUCCCCCACAUAAGCUCACGUGUAUUUUUUUGAAAUUUUUCCAUCCGACCGGUCAGGCCACGCGAUCCAAAAUUUCGUAAAAUAUACUCGCUAUUUUGAUGUGUGGAGAAAAAGUAUCUACUCAUGUGGUAGGUGUAUUUUCUUAGUUUCGUUCACUGUAGAAAAAUACACUUGAGGUCUCCUUAUACUCCCCCUCGUGAUCUGUCGUGAUUUUUUCGUGAUCUCCGCCCCCCCCUAUCGAACCUCGCGUGAUUUGUGCACAAGCCCCAUGAUAUAAUGAUAAUUUAUGGUUGGCUUUAGAAAGCUAUGUACCGAUUCAGUACUAAACCAUGGUUGUGACUUGCAUAGUAGGUUAGUUUAGUUUGUUUUUAGUAAUUUGAAUAGUAGGUUAGUUUAGUUUUAAUUUUUAUCAAGCAGAAACAUCUGCGAACGAUGCUAUUAAGCUUAGAAUAAAUUUAAAAGUGGAAAAAUUACUGUCUUGG